CGGCCAACAAACAAAACACGUCUCCCUCGUCAUUUCCCUCUCUUCUCGACACCACUCUCAGUCGGAUUCUCUCACGAAAUUAAUAAUUAAUUGCAAAAUAAUUAAUUAAUACCUCGUCAAACAAUUUAGUAGUGGAAAAUGGGUAAAAAUACCGACCCCGACGCACCAAAGCGACCCCUCAGCGCUUUUUUCCUCUUUUCUGGCGAAAUGCGACCCAAGAUUCGCAAAGAAAAUCCCGGCCUUAGUUUAGGCGAAAUGGGGAAGGAACUCGGCAAACGGUGGGCCUCGAUUGACGCCGCCUCCAAGAAAAAGUACGAAAAAACUGCCGCCGCUGCAAAGCUUGAGUACCAGGAGAAAAUGGCCAAGUACAAAGGAACCAAGUCGUCGCCGGCGAAGGGAAGAAGAAAAAUUGAGUAAUUCGUGCACGAGCCGACCUCAUCUAAUUCAAUUUUCUCAUCCAAAGUGCAAAAUGUCUACGUAUUAUUUUUUUGCUGGAUUUUUGUGUUUUUAUAACUUUUUUGCGUGUCUAAUUUUUUUAAGUCUUAUUUAAUUUUCAAGUGGUUGAUAAUAAAAAGUUUUUCCAUUUUGUA